AACAUUUAUAAGGUCAGAUUAAAAUUGUCUCCUCUCGGUCACACUCCCAGUGAAAAAUUGUAAGAGUUUAAUGGAAUUAAAUCGAAUAUAAAAUGUCAGAUGAUGCUGAGCAACAGGCUGAGGAAAUAGAGGUCCUGAAGUCUAUUUAUGAUGGGGAUGAAAAUUUCAAACAGCUAGAUUCAAAAACUUAUCAAUACAAGUAUAUAGAUGGCGAUAAAUCUUUUAUAUUGGAAAUUUCAUGGGGGCCCACAUAUCCGACAGAUAAACCUAAAUUGAACAUGGAAAUAUUUUAUAAUCAGAAUAUAUUACCGUCUAUUAAGGAAAAGGUUUUAUCGAUAGUAAAUGCGGAAGCUGAACAGUGGCUAGGUUGUGCAAUGACAUAUACUCUGUUCGAGUGUCUCAAAGAAAAGGUGACAGAGUUGUUGGCAGAGCAGACGGAGGAGGUGAUCUCAACGAGAGUAGAAAAAAUUCAUAUUGAUGAUCAGAACGAAGUGGAGAAUACUAAAAAGGAGAAAAAGGAGCAUCUAACGAAGGCCCAGAAGCGUCGCGCGUGGGACAAGGCUGAAGUGGGACGCGGCGGCGAGAAGCCCCGCGGGUGGGACUGGGUCGAUAUCGUGAAGCAUCUGUCCCAUGUGAGUAAUUUAAACUUUGUAGGCAAGGACCCAUUAAUCGGAUUAAAAAGUUAACCGGUAAGACCAAAACCCUGUAUAUUUAUUAAUCCUUAUGCAGCAAACUGUUUAUUGUAAUAUGGAUUAAUCCUAGGAAUAUUGCUGAUUAACCCGUAUGAAAGAGACUGUAGAUGUAGACUAGUGUAGAGUACUUUCCAUCUACGAGCUCCGCCAUUCCGUGGCAUUGUAAUUAAAAACUUUAAGAGAAAGCACCAAAGAAUCAAUUUAGCUUGGUGUAAUGACGACGAGGUCAUGUCAAGUUAUAACUCGUCACUUCACUGAAGGGCCAAUCACAGCUAGCUAGCCGUGUGUCUCUUUCUAUGUAUGAAUUUUGAACAAAAAAGGACUCUACGUAAGAACCGGUUUA